GGUCAUUAAGUACCCAAAGUUCUUUUCUUCUGAUUCAGCACCGCUUUUCUUUCCCCUAAAUCCCCUCCCAAAUUAUCCCUUUAUAGGAGGGUUCGUCCACUUCAAGUACUCAAUCGAAUUCAAUCUCUUGAACUGUCUUACUCGACAGUCGGCUACCACCACCACCACCCACAAUCAUGAAAUCAUCAAUUGCUGCAAAGGUCCCAAACGGCCACGGUAGCGUCUACAAGGAAGUGCGCUUCUCACCAACUGCCACUCCCAUUCGUCGUACCCAGUCGGUACCGAACGCCCAUGCCGUCCAUCAUCCAGGAACAUUGACCACCAAGAGGGACGCUUCGGCCUUGAGUGCAAGCUACAUGGAACAGGCACAGUCGCUCCUUGUUCGUCAACGGGCUAAUUUCGAAAAUGAACGGUUACUUUUUGUAGAAGAAAGGCAACUAUGGGAGAAAGAACGGGAACUGCUCAGAUUGAGGAUCACCGAACUCGAGUCGCUCCUAAAGGGUAUUGGACAUACAAUUACUUCCACAGGAGCUUCAACCGACUCUUCAUCGAAACCCAGUUUGACAUUUAAAUACCCAUUCGACCCACAGCCUCCGGCAAGCUUAUCCGAGGAGAAUUACCAACACUGUGGCGCUCAAGUGUGGGAAGGUUCUAGCCCCGGAGGUCGGCCCACAAGAGUAUUCCCUGAAAUAGAGAAGUCAGAUAGCCACAGUCAGCACCCGGAACAAGGCGGAGUUUUGUCAAUCUCAGGCCUCUCUCUUGAUGCUGCUUUAUCGCCUCGAGCCCAUGCGGCCGAUUCUGCAAUCACCAGUGUACCAGUACCGAUUGAGAAGCUCGACAGCAAACUUGAUGGCAUUACGCUCAAAUCAUCUGCGUUGCCUCCAGAAAUUGUCGCCCGCGUAAUGACACCUCCAUCACCUUCACCUCAGGAGGCAUCUCCGGCUUCCGUAUCUGAAAAAGCCCUAGAGCGCCGAAACAGUUUGAAGUUAAGGCUUUCAGAGUUGGGGACACUAGAGAGAAGGUUGACGAAGGACGCCGGGCACACUCCAAUGGUCGUUAUUGAUGGUGACGCCGAUGCGGAUGUGGAAAUUGAGCAGCCUUCUCCAAGCGAAGGGCGUUCGAAGGAGGGCGAAUCCCUUGCCCCAGCGGCACCUCGGCAGCCCGCAGAAAACUCCGAUUCGUACUUCUCCGAUCUACCCGAAGAUCCAGCCUUGAAAGGCCCUCUAUCCCUACUGAACGAUGAAGAGCAUGACAGUGGCUUCCUUAAGGAAUUAGACCAGAAGCUCCUUGAUCAAGCAAAACAGGCCCUGGGGUACUCUGAGGAGUCCAAGGCUCCGGAGGUCGAGAUUGAGGCUGCAAGCCGCGCUAGUCAGGAGCCAGAACUGAAAUUCAAAAAUAGCACGAAUUUUGGUACUGCAUUUGGUAUCUCAAAUCUGGGUGGGGUCUAAAAAAUUUUUGGAUACUUUACACGGCGGCAAUAUGUUUUACACUAUGAAUUUGUUGCAUACAUUACCAGUUGGGUUUAUCAUUCAUACACGGGAGAGGCGUCCUUUCUGUUUUAUCUAUGGAUAUCAUGAGUGACGAUUUGGGAUGAUGUAUUACCUUUUAUUUAUUUAUUUUUUUUUUUCCUCUUUGCUUCUUUUUGGGAUAAGAUACAAACCACUUUCAUACCGAGGAACAUUUGUGUAUACCCUACUAAACAAACCUUCUUUACCAAUUGAGACAAUCCUUGUCUUGCUCAUAUUGACUAGGCAGGUAACGCCAAUAGGUUUGUGGCUCCUUGCAUGGACCUGCGUCAAAUCUCAGAUCUAGAUCCCUAUCUUAUCUCCUUUCAUCCCUUAACCCCGGCGGUUCUCU